AUGGCUGCUGUCAAGAAAAAGCUCAAGAUCAAACGCACGAAGUUUCGCAAGCGUCGAUCCACCGUCUACGAUGCCGUCAAACGCAGAGUCGCCCGAACUGGUCUGAUUCACAACAUCUCUGAUCCCAAGGCAUCCAGGAAACCACUUCGGCCAGACGAGGUACUCUUCAAGCGAAAGAAUGCGCCCAUCCGAUAUGAGGAAGAUGACUAUUAUCCCGCUCACAACAAGUUACCUCCAGACCAAAAGCUGCCCAGUGGAGAUCUGGCUACCGCAAUGAAAGCCUACAUCGAGAGGUUGUGGGUCAAAACUGGACGACGCCGCCGCUUCUCGCGCAAGCUCAUGCGAAGGACGUGGAGAGGCCUGAACGAAACCGCGCUCAUUGCUUUGUGCAUCCUGAUGGAAGAAACGGCGCGCGAUGCACUGGGUGAGACGGGAGAUUUGGCUUUUACCGAAGCCGCUGAGGAACAUGAACAUGAAAUUCUCACGAGUCUGAAGAAGGCGAAGAGGGCGAAGAAGAGUGGUGCGCAGAAACAGGGUACUGGUAAAGAGAAGGAGCAGCCAAGUGUUGAUAAAGAGAAGCGGCCGGUUGAAAAGAAGACAGGGAAGCAUGUGACGUGGGUUUCGUCCGAUGAGUCGUCGUCGACGUCGUCGUUUGAUGACUCAGAAGAGUCGGACGACUUUGAAGAGGAUCUGGAUUGA